GCGAGAGCGCCCGCGUCACGAGGCGGUGACGUCACCGACGCAUGACGUCAGCUCCCGUGCCGCCAUCGCUCUCUUUUCAAGUCCCUCCUGGCUGCGGGAGGCGCCGCUCCUGCAUCGCGCGGCUUCGUCCGUGAAAAUCCGCAACCAUGGUGAACUUCACAGUAGACCAGAUCCGUGCGAUCAUGGACAAAAAGUCCAACAUCCGCAACAUGUCGGUAAUUGCGCAUGUGGAUCACGGCAAGUCGACGCUGACCGACUCGCUCGUGUGCAAGGCCGGCAUCAUUGCCGGGUCGCGUGCUGGAGAGACACGCUUCACGGACACCCGCAAGGACGAGCAGGAACGCUGCAUCACCAUCAAAUCUACGGCCAUCUCCCUGUACUACGAGCUGCAGGAGACCGAUCUGGCCUUCAUCAAGCAGUGCAAGGACGGUAACGGCUUCCUCAUCAAUCUCAUUGACUCUCCCGGCCACGUCGACUUCUCCUCCGAGGUCACAGCUGCCCUGCGUGUCACCGACGGUGCGCUGGUCGUCGUCGACUGUGUCUCCGGUGUGUGCGUGCAGACUGAGACGGUGCUACGCCAGGCUAUCGGCGAGCGCAUCAAGCCCGUGCUCAUGAUGAACAAAAUGGACCGCGCGCUCCUCGAGCUGCAGCUUGAGCCCGAGCCACUCUUCCAGACCUUCCAGCGCAUCGUUGAGAAUGUCAACGUCAUCAUCUCCACCUAUGGCGAGGAUGAGAAUGGACCCAUGGGAAACAUCAUGGUGGACCCAGUGGCAGGCACAGUGGGCUUUGGUUCCGGCCUUCACGGUUGGGCCUUCACCCUCAAGCAGUUCGCUGAGAUGUACGUGUCCAAGUUUGCAGCCAAGGGUGACAAGAACAUCAGCGCGACAGAGCGCUGCAAGAAGGUGGAGGAUAUGAUGAAGAAGCUGUGGGGCGAAAGGUAUUUCGAUCCCGCAACCAUGAAGUUCAGCAAGUCUGCCACCAACGCUGCUGGAGAGAAGCUUCCGCGCACCUUCUGCCAACUUGUGCUGGACCCCAUCUUCAAGGUUUUCGACGCCAUCAUGAACUUCAAGAAGGAAGAGACGGCCAAGCUGGUUGAGAAACUGGACAUAAAGCUGGACACAGAGGACAAGGACAAGGAGGGAAAGCCCCUGCUCAAGGCUGUGAUGCGCCGCUGGCUGCCUGCUGGAGACGCCCUGCUGCAGAUGAUCACUAUCCACCUGCCGUCGCCCGUCACGGCCCAGCGCUACCGCUGCGAGCUGCUCUACGAGGGACCUGGUGAUGACGAGGCCGCCAUGGGCAUCAAGAACUGUGACCCCAAGGCACCACUGAUGAUGUACAUCUCCAAAAUGGUACCCACCACCGACAAGGGCCGCUUCUACGCCUUCGGCCGGGUCUUCUCGGGCGUCGUGUCUACUGGACAAAAGGUCCGCAUCAUGGGGCCCAACUACACCCCCGGCAAGAAGGAGGACCUGUUCAUCAAGCCCAUUCAGAGGACCAUCCUGAUGAUGGGCCGCUACGUUGAGCCCAUCGAGGAGGUGCCCUGCGGCAACAUCGUCGGCCUCGUUGGUGUGGACCAGUUCCUUGUUAAAACCGGCACAAUCAGCACUUACGAGCACGCCCACAAUCUGAGGGUGAUGAAGUUCAGCGUGAGCCCUGUGGUCCGCGUGGCCGUAGAGGCCAAGAACCCUGCAGACCUGCCCAAGCUGGUGGAAGGCCUGAAGCGUCUGGCCAAGUCUGACCCCAUGGUGCAGUGUAUCAUUGAGGAGUCCGGCGAGCACAUCAUUGCUGGUGCUGGAGAGCUGCACUUAGAGAUCUGCCUGAAGGAUUUGGAGGAAGACCAUGCCUGUAUCCCCAUCAAGAAAUCGGACCCAGUGGUCUCUUAUCGCGAGACGGUGGAGAACGAGUCGGACCAGGUCUGCCUGUCCAAGUCGCCCAACAAGCACAACCGCCUGUACAUGAAGGCACGCCCCUUGUCCGACGGCCUGGCCGAGGACAUCGACAAGGGUGAAGUGGCGGCGCGGCAGGAGCUGAAGUUACGCGCCCGCUACCUGGUCGAUAAGUACGAGUGGGACGUGACGGAGGCGCGUAAGAUCUGGUGCUUCGGCCCCGAUGGCACAGGCCCCAACAUGCUCGUGGACGUCACAAAGGGAGUGCAAUACCUCAAUGAGAUCAAGGACAGCGUGGUCGCCGGCUUCCAGUGGGCCAUGAAGGAGGGUGUGCUGUGCGAUGAGAACAUGCGUGGAGUGCGCUUCGACAUCCACGAUGUGACGCUGCAUGCAGACGCCAUCCACCGUGGCGGUGGGCAGAUUAUCCCCACGGCGCGACGCGUCAUGUAUGCGAGCAUGCUGACGGCUGGGCCGCGCCUCAUGGAGCCCAUCUACCUGGUCGAGAUUCAGUGUCCGGAGGCCGUGGUGGGCGGCAUCUACGGCGUGCUCAACAGGAAACGUGGCCACGUCUUUGAGGAGUCGCAGGUGGCCGGCACGCCCAUGUUUGUCGUCAAGGCUUACCUUCCCGUCAACGAGUCCUUCGGAUUCACGGCAGACCUGCGCUCCAACACGGGCGGCCAGGCCUUCCCGCAGUGCGUGUUCGACCACUGGCAGAUCCUGCCCGGCGACCCCUCCGACCCCACCACCCGUCCUGCCCAGGUGGUGGUGGAGACGCGCAAGCGCAAGGGGCUCAAAGAGGGCAUUCCGGCGCUGGACAACUACCUGGACAAGCUGUAGAGCGGUGCCGCUGCCAUCACCAACGACCACUUUUCCACGAGCACCACCCACGCCUCCAUUUUUCAAAGCAGUUUAACACCCGUAUUUGAUAAUACCUGAUUAAGUGACUGCCUGAGGACUUGUGACCAUCUGGAGGGGGCUAACAAAUGUCGCACUACCAUGAAGAUCAUACAUCCUCUCUCAAAUUAAGCAACCGGAAUGUAACCUUGAAAAUGCUUAAAAUAAAGUUGUAGUGCAAGUGUG